AUGGGCUCAUUACCGCCCAGAUCAUGGCGGCAGCUAAGUGUAGCAGUUAUCGGCGGCGGCAUAGGCGGCAUGUCCGUCGCCAUCGCCCUGCGCCGGUCAGGCCACAAAGUCACAGUCUAUGAACGCGCCGACUUCGCCGGCGAGGGCGACCCCGUCGUGCUCAGAUCCCUCAUCAAUCGGGACUGGUACACCGGCGAGCCCGUCAGCGUGUAUAGCCUAGACGAUUACGAGAAGCGGUGGGGCCACGUGUACAACAUGUUCCAUCGACAGGAUAUGCACAAGAUGCUGAAGGAUACGGCGAUGCAAGAGCAGGGCGAGGGCGAACCAGUAAAGCUGCUAGUGAACCACCAAUGUCAGGACAUCGACUUCCGCACCGGCUCAAUCGUGUUCAAGAACGGCACAGUCGCGCAACACGACCUCAUCGUCGGCGCAGACGGCAUCGGCUCCGUCGUCCGCCUCCUCAUCGGCGUGCACCCAGAAAAGAAACCCUCGGAUCAGAGCUGUCUGCACUGCAACGUCUACACCGAAGACGCCGUCAAGGCGGGGCUGGUCGACUACUCGCAAGACUCCGCGUUGGAGUAUUGGGGCGGGCAAGAGGGGAAAUGGGAUAAGAUCGUGCUCUCGCCUUGUAAUGGGGGGAAGCUGUUGUCGUAUUACUGCUUCUUCCCGCGGACGGAGGGCGAUUAUACGUCGCAUUCGUGGGGAUCGAAGGAUCUGCCCGUGGAGGAGCUCCUGAAACCGUAUCCGAACCUUGACAAGCAGGUCCUUGAUCACCUCCGGAUCGGCCACGAGAUUCAGCCGUGGAGGUUGUGGGUGCACCAGCCCUAUCCGUACCUCGCGCGCGACACGGUGUGCUUGUUGGGUGAUGCCGGACAUCCGAUGAUGCCGCAUCAGAGUCAGGGCGCGUGUAUGGCUAUUGAAGACGCGGCCGCAAUAGGAAUACUGUUCAGCAAAAGGUUCUUCCAGGGCGAUAUUGAGGAGUCUUUAGCGACAUAUAACGAGAUACGGUUACCCAGGGUGACAAGAGUGCAGGCGGCGGCAGCGAAGGCGGCGUAUAAUAUCAAUGAGAGAAUUGGGUUCUCGGUGAACAAGGACACGAAGACUUAUAAGGUGGAGGAUGCGAAGAAGGUGUUGACCAUCGAGGAGAUGAAUGCGUACGACAUGUACCACGAUAUCGAAGAGGUGCUGGCUAGGAGGAGGGACGAGACUUACACUGGCAAGCACUUGCACGGGUUGCCUAUUGGGAUGGAGUUACCGAAUGGUGUUGUUAUUGGGCAAUGA